CUAGUGCGGCCGGCCAAGAGCGUGCUUCUAGUCCGUUCGGCUUCUUGUGGUCACGCGGUGUCCGGCGCAGGCUUUGUUACGAUCGAUCGACGUACUAUCCGGGUUCAAUGAACGAUGUCACGGCGCAUGAGGAGAUGGCAGCGGGUAUCUCUCCAUUACAGUCUACUCUGCAUGCUCUACACUGAUGCCGUCCGAUCACGGGAGCCAAGAAAUUCCGCUGAUCAGCAAGCGUCUCACAAAAUCGCCAGGCCUGUUCGCAACCCUCGCAAACGCAUUUCGCAGGUGCAUGCCUCCGGUAGAUGACGACAACAAUGGCGGCAGCGACGACUUUGCAGACGAAGCCGCAGCGCUCAGGAUAGCGGCUUUCAGUCUCCACAGAGAUGUCGUGGACGCCCUCAAUAACUUGAAAGCGCCCCACCAAGCCGUCAUUGAUCAGCCUCCAGUCUCCCCUCUAGAGCGAUCAUGCCCGGACGCCCGUCGCAAUACCUUGGCCGACCACGACAUAAUUGCGGGGUCGUACAGGGCGCUGCCCUUGAAUUAUGAAUCGCGUGACGGCACAGGCUGAUCUUGAGGUGGAGGCUGGUGAUCCUGGAGGGAGCAUUAAACGCUACGCUGCCCUGCCCAGGUUGUUGGUGGAGACGCGACUUGGAUGUGCGACGAGCAUAUCGAGGCCUGCCGCAAUGUUCGUUCGAACUUAUAGCGUGGGUAUAGAAGGUUGCGAAUGGGGC